GGCGGCCUCAGGACCCGGUUCCCUCAGACAAGAGGGCGGGUGGAGGAGGAAGCGGCCGAGACCCGAGUCCGGCUCCGGCGCCGCCGAACACCGCCCGCCUCAGGCCGCGCCGUCCCGCCGCCUCUCGAGGCGCGCCGAGCGGACCGGGGAGGGGAAGGCGGAGGCGGCUGCGUGGAGGCGGCAGGGGCGCGGGCGGAGUCGGCGCGGCCGGCCGCGGCUGCCGCUUUGUUGUGCGGCCCGGCCGGGCCGAGGAAGGAGGAGGAGGAGGAGGGGGGAGCUCGGCGUCCCGCUCCCUCCGCGGCUCAUGGCGACGACGCUCGGCACAUCCGGGACUCUCCGGCCGUGGCGGCCGCGGCGCCGGCUGCUCGGGCCCCAGCCCCGGCCGCUGUGGUGGUGACUCCGCCGCGCCUCGCCGCCGCCGCCGCCGCCCCGCCCGCCCCGCGCCGGCCCCGGCCCCGGCCCCCGCCCGCGGCCCGCGCCCCGCCGCCCCGCGCCGCGCCGCCGGGGACAUGUCUAACCCCGGAGGCCGGAGGAACGGGCCCGUCAAACUGCGCCUGACAGUACUCUGUGCAAAAAACUUGGUGAAAAAGGAUUUUUUCCGACUUCCUGAUCCAUUUGCUAAGGUGGUGGUUGAUGGAUCUGGGCAAUGCCAUUCUACAGAUACUGUGAAGAAUACACUUGAUCCAAAGUGGAAUCAGCAUUAUGACCUGUAUAUUGGAAAGUCUGAUUCAGUUACGAUCAGUAUAUGGAAUCACAAGAAGAUCCAUAAAAAACAAGGUGCUGGAUUUCUUGGUUGUGUUCGUCUUCUUUCCAAUGCCAUCAAUCGCCUCAAGGAUACUGGUUAUCAGAGGUUGGAUCUGUGCAAACUUGGGCCAAAUGACAAUGAUACAGUUAGAGGACAGAUAGUAGUAAGUCUUCAGUCCAGAGAUCGAAUAGGCACAGGAGGACAAGUUGUGGACUGCAGUCGUUUGUUUGAUAAUGACUUACCGGAUGGCUGGGAAGAAAGGCGAACUGCCUCUGGAAGAAUCCAGUAUCUAAACCACAUAACAAGAACUACCCAAUGGGAACGCCCAACACGACCAGCUUCUGAAUAUUCUAGUCCUGGCAGACCUCUCAGCUGCUUUGUUGAUGAGAACACUCCAAUUAGUGGAACAAACGGUGCAACAUGUGGACAGUCUUCAGAUCCCAGACUGGCAGAGAGGAGAGUCAGGUCACAACGCCAUAGAAAUUAUAUGAGCAGGACACAUUUACAUACUCCUCCAGACCUACCAGAAGGCUAUGAGCAGAGGACAACACAGCAAGGUCAGGUUUAUUUCUUACAUACUCAGACUGGGGUGAGCACUUGGCAUGAUCCACGGGUGCCUAGGGAUCUUAGCAACAUCAAUUGUGAAGAGCUUGGUCCAUUACCUCCUGGAUGGGAGAUCCGUAAUACAGCAACAGGCAGAGUUUAUUUCGUUGACCAUAACAACAGAACAACACAGUUUACAGAUCCUCGGCUCUCUGCUAACUUGCAUUUAGUUUUAAAUCGGCAGAACCAACUGAAAGACCAACAGCAACAGCAAGUGGUAUCCCUAUGCCCCGAGGACACAGAGUGCCUGACAGUUCCACGGUACAAACGAGACCUGGUUCAGAAACUAAAAAUUUUGCGCCAAGAACUUUCUCAGCAACAACCUCAGGCUGGCCACUGUCGGAUUGAGGUCUCUAGGGAAGAGAUUUUUGAGGAGUCAUAUCGACAGGUCAUGAAGAUGAGACCAAAAGAUCUGUGGAAGCGAUUAAUGAUCAAAUUUCGUGGAGAGGAAGGCCUUGACUAUGGAGGAGUUGCCAGGGAAUGGCUAUAUCUUUUGUCACAUGAAAUGUUGAAUCCAUACUAUGGCCUCUUCCAGUAUUCGAGAGAUGAUAUCUAUACGUUGCAAAUCAAUCCUGAUUCUGCAGUUAACCCGGAACAUCUAUCAUAUUUCCACUUUGUUGGACGAAUAAUGGGAAUGGCUGUAUUUCAUGGACAUUAUAUUGACGGUGGUUUCACGUUGCCUUUUUACAAACAGUUGCUUGGAAAGUCAAUUACUUUGGAUGACAUGGAGUUAGUUGAUCCAGAUCUUCAUAACAGUUUAGUGUGGAUACUUGAAAAUGAUAUUACAGGUGUUUUGGACCAUACCUUCUGUGUAGAACAUAAUGCAUAUGGUGAAAUUAUUCAACAUGAACUUAAACCAAAUGGCAAAAGUAUCCCUGUUACUGAAGAAAAUAAAAAGGAAUAUGUCAGGCUCUAUGUGAACUGGAGAUUUUUACGAGGCAUUGAGGCACAAUUCCUGGCUCUGCAGAAAGGAUUUAAUGAAGUAAUUCCACAGCAUCUGCUGAAGACAUUUGAUGAGAAGGAGUUAGAGCUGAUUAUUUGUGGACUUGGAAAGAUCGAUGUUAAUGACUGGAAGGUAAACACUCGGUUAAAACAUUGUACACCAGACAGCAAUGUUGUCAAGUGGUUCUGGAAAGCUGUGGAAUUUUUUGACGAAGAGCGACGAGCACGGUUACUUCAGUUUGUGACAGGAUCAUCAAGAGUGCCUUUGCAGGGCUUCAAAGCUUUACAAGGUGCCGCAGGCCCACGGCUCUUUACCAUACACCAGAUUGAUGCCUGCACAAACAACCUGCCGAAAGCCCACACUUGCUUCAAUCGAAUAGACAUUCCGCCCUAUGAAAGCUAUGAAAAGUUAUAUGAAAAGCUGCUAACAGCCAUUGAAGAAACAUGUGGAUUUGCUGUGGAAUGACAGACUUCAAGGAUUUACCCAGGACUCUAUUUAUACCCCUGACUGACUGCCUCCUUUCAGCAGUUUCAAGGAAUGCUGAAAAACAGGAAAAUGUCCCUUCCCCCUCCCUUUAAAAAAAAUUUUUUUUAGGACACUGUGAGGGGAAAAGACAAUUUUGAAAUUCCUUUUCAAGGGAAAAAGAGGUCCUUAUGUUUUGCCAUGAGGCCACAUUCAGCUGCUAUUUAAAUUAGUAUCUUGAACCUAAAGAAUGCUGACUUUUCCUACAUUUCCAGAGUUAGGCAGGAUUCUACACUUAAAGACUACUACUAUUUUUAUAGAGGCAAUCUAUCCAGAUCACUCCGCAGAUUUCAGGUCUCCAGCAUCAAGACAACUUCAGCAGUCGGUACAAGUCACAUUUCUUUUUGAUUGAAUACAUGAUUUUGAACAGCUCCUGUACUUGCUCUUUGUAAAAAAAAUAAAAUAAAAUUAUUUUGAAUUAUUCUACCUUUAUAAACAACUGGCUAAAAGAAUCAUCCUUAAAAAUUUAAGCAAUUUACAUGUUUAGUUACAUUUUGUAUAGCAAAGCAUUAUAUUUUAAAAGCAUUAUAUGUUUCAACUUAUUUAAAGUGAGUUUUUAAAACUAUUUUUCAAGCAUGAAUUUUCCUGGAAUACUGCGCUAUGGUUUUAGUUGUCCACUUCAUUAUGCAACCAUUUAAAUUUAGUAGCUUCGUUGCUACAAUAAGAUGCCUUCAGGGGCUCCCAGUCUUAAAAAACAGUCCUUACUUUUUUAUGUCAUGUCAAUCUGAUCAGGCAUCUUGGAGUUACUCUUUAUCUUAAAUGGAAUACUAUAUGUGUAUAGAAGCCCAGAUCACCUGGAAAGGAUGGACUUUUCGUUCUUUUGCUGAAUUAGUUUAUCUUUAAUAUAUAGACAGUUUCUUAAGCCAAAGUCUUGAAGACAGGUGCACCAGACCUUAAAGUAUGGUCUAAGCGUCUAUCAAGUAAGCCAUCCAGUUCUUUGUUCAGCUUCUCAUAAUAUGAAUCAAGUUAUAAAGGAGGAAAAAUAUUACAUUGAAGAUUAUGGUAUCAAGGUUAGAACACCCUGCUUUACCUAAAAUAAAGUGGUGGGCAGUGGGGCCAGGGAUGUGAUUCCCGAAGAAACUGAUUCUCGCUCUGUAACUUUAAAAAAUGAAUUAAUUUUGGAAAUGUAAGGUAAUACCAGUGAUUUGAUUUUGAACUGUUCAGAUUUCACCUUUAAGACUUGAAGCAUAAUGCACAAUCCAGAAGUCAACCGAAAUUUUGGAAUGAGGGAUUGGGAAAAAAUCUGAACUCAUAGGUGGAGUUUUAAAUUCACCCAUCAGAAAUAAGCUCUGUUCUUUUUAAUAUAUCUAUAUUAAAAUUGAAAACCACAUUUUGAUGAGAGCUUUCUUUAAAUUUUGCAGCUUCGUUAUCAAAUAAUAGUUCUUUGUGUUCUUUCAUUUGAUGGAUUUGUUUUUCAGUCUGUGCUCUUGGACCAGAGGGUUCCUUAAAGGAGUAACAGUUUAAAAGGAAAGUGGGGCAGAAGGAGAAGAGGAAAGACCUGGUUGGUAUUAGAGCAGGGUCCUCUAACUCCCCAACCCACAGCCCCUUUAUCCAGAGCAGCUGUAGUUUUUCAUUUAUAAGUAUUCCACAAAAUUUUCAUGGGUGUGGGGAAGGUGGGUCGGGUAACAGAAGUUGAAAUUUCGCUGCUUAAAAAAACACAAAGAACUACUUGGGCAGCAUUCAGCCAAAUUUAACUGCUAUAGGCAAGCUUGUCUAGUCACAGCUGUGCAGUGGCAAUGUACUUACGCUAACCUAUUUCUUCCCAAACAGUUGUUUUUCUACAGCUUUCUUAAUAGUUCUGAAGCACAUCUUAAUAUUUAGAGGUUUCUGUAUAGUAUUUGGUGGUCUGUUUUCAGCUUUCAUGAUUGCACCUUACUGGCUGCAGGUCCAUCGUCCUUACAUUGAAGCACUAGUGCAGUGCAACUGUGCCUACUCUUACAAUCGUUCCGUAUGUGAUGAAUGCGAGAGAAGUCAUAACUGACAGUAAUAAUGAAAUGAUACUAACGUAAUGUAUAUUACGAAGCAGGCAAAUACCAUCGCUUUUUUUAGUGCCUUUUAAACUUUAUAAUAAAGAUAUUAUACUUAAUAGAGCUUUAAAACAAAUUACCCUAACAGUCUAUUAUAUCAACAUAAUUUAUAAAAACGUAUGAUUUAGAUUUCAAUUUCACAAUGUUACCUGCUUACUUCCAUAUAGGUGCUACACAUAUCGUUCCCCAUGUGUCAUUAAGCCUUGGACUUGCACUUCAUAUUUAAUGUGAAUAUUUAUUUCCGCAUGUUCCUCCUGAGUUUUUUCUAAUUCAUCCCCUAGUUGUGUUAUUUCACAUUCAUGAUUUCAUUGCCUUUCCGUCACCCAUGCUUAGUUAUGAAUAGAGGUUACUUUGUAGAGCCCAUAUGCAGUUCAGAGGUGAGUUUAACGUCAGAGGCUCUUAUUUCUUGGUGUAAAAACAAGUGCUUAUAGUAUCCGUUUUGUUUUGCACAGUCUAUUGCCCCAAAUGGAUUUAUUUUUACCAUUUUUUCUCUUAUAUUUACAGUCCAGAACAUAAGUUUCCUUUCAAAUACAGUGUAAUUUGCUUUAUUUUACAACACUAAAUCCGCUUUGAACUUCUGAUGCAUUUAACUGAUUGUGUUGAUGGGAGUUAGAGAUUGUUCCAGCCAUCUUUCCAGUGUGAUAGGACAGCUCUUCCAUUUCUGUUCUGAAGUGCAGCACACAGUCACAGGUAGCCUUUGUAGUAUUUAACAUGUUAGGAUGAUGAUUGUACCAAAUGCUGAGUUGUUUUGUUUCUAGAUGUAAUUAGUUCAUUUAAUGUAAUAUUCUUCCUUCCCUCAAACUGACUUUUAAAGAUAAAGUUUAUCAUUUUCAUUGUAUUUGUAUUUAUUACAGAGUGUUUUAGCUUUGAUAUUCUUUGUAUUUUCACUCAGUUGUUACAUGAGCUUUAUCAAUAACAUCUGUAUAAAUGGUUUUUAAAAAUGAACUGUGUAUGUGCCCGUGCCGAAGUUGAGCAAUAAAUGAAUGCUGUUUGCACUGUC